AUGGAGCAGGAUAAAGUCGUGGAGAGUGUUAAACAAAAGCUUAAAGACCAUCUCCAGGAAAAGUUUACCUGGAUAAAUGAGGGCACAUCGGAUGGUCGGUCUCGACUUAACAGCGUCUACACAAAACUCUACGUCACUCAGCAGGUUCAGGAUUUUGGUUCCAUAUCACAUGAGAUUCUAGAUCACUUUAAUGUCCCAGAUCAGCAGUCAUCAUUUUCACAGGUGUUAUAUCAACGGAUCAACUUUUCGAAUAUCUUUAAACCUGGAAGAAUUCAUGUUCAGCAACAACCAGCAAGAGACAAGACAAUCCAAAGAGUGAUGACGAAAGGCAUCGCUGGCAUUGGAAAGACAUUAGCUGUCCAAAACUUUGCUGUAAACUGGGCAGAAGGAAAAUCUAACCAGCACAUUGAUUUCAUCUUUGUGCUCCCCUUUAGAGAGCUGAACAUGCUCAGAGAUGCCAACUACAGUCUGCUGCAGCUUCUCCUUCACUUCUACCCUGAAAUAAAACCCCUAGAAGGUACACAGCAGCUUGUUCACAAGCAAGUGCUGUUCAUCUUCGAUGGUUUGGAUGAAAGCAGAUUUCCACUGGACUUUGAUGGAGCUGUGAGAAUAAGUGAAAUAGAUGAAAGAUCAACAGUCGAUGUGCUGCUGACCAACCUCAUCCAAGGCAACCUGCUGCCUCGCGCUCUGCUCUGGGUAACAUCCAGACCUGCAGCUGCCAGUCAGAUACCUUCUAAAUACAUUGACCAGAUGACAGAAGUCCAAGGUUUCACUGAGCAACAAAAAGAGUCAUACUUUAGGAAGAGAUUCAGGACUGCUAAUCAGGCAGAAGAAAUCCUGUCUCGUCUUAGAGGAAUGAUCAGCUUCUAUUUCAUGGGCCAUAUCCCAGUGUUUUGCUGGAUCAUCGCUGAGGUGUUUAGGAAAGGAUGGAGUAAUGAGAGGAGCCACAGCAUCACAACGAUGACAGAGCUGUACAUUUAUUACUUACUAAUUCAAACACAAAGAACAAGACAGAAAUAUGCAGGGAAAAGCUCCAAGAAGAGGUCCAAACAGAAGAAGUCUCACGCCCAGAACUCUGCCAUGCUUUUAAACCUGUCCAAGUUGGCAUUUGAACAGCUGCAGAAAGGAAACAUCAUAUUCUAUGAAGACGACCUCACAGAAAGUGGCAUCGAUGUUGAUGAAGCGUCAGUGUUUUGUGGAUUUUGCUCAGAGAUUCUUAAGGAAGAACGAGGCCUGUACAAGAAAAAGAUGUUCAGCUUUGUGCAUUUAAGCUUUCAGGAGUUUCUUGCAGCUCUCUACAUGUACCACUGCAUCCUGACGGACAACUUCAGUACUUUGAAGUCUUUCCUGGGUGUUGAUCUGACAGAUCUGAGCUUUCUGGAUUUGCAGAAAAAGGUUGUGGAUAAAGCCUUGCAAAGUAAGAAAGGUCAGUUCGAUCUGUUUCUGUGUUUCUUCCUUGGAUUUUCUCUGGAGUCCAAUCAAACAAUGCUGCAGAGUUUACUGCCACAGGUAAAGAGCAGCUCGGACACCACCGAAGAGAUGAAGGGAUACCUGAAGAAUUUCCAUGUAGAAGACAUCCCACGAGAGAGGUACAUGAACCUUUUCCUCUGCAAGUUUGAGCUGAAGGAAGAGAGAUUUCAGGAUGACAUCAGAAUGUAUCUGGAUUCAGGAGCGAGACUCUCACCUAUUGAUUGUGCAGUACUGUCGACCAUGAUGCAGAUAUCAGGGGAAAUUUUCGAUCCUGGAACCAGUCUCCUGGAGUGGGGCUGGACUCUGAGUCUGGAGUUGCCCCUGGUCCUGGACUUGACUAACUGCAUGUACAGUUAUCCAAAGGAUUACAGUGGAUAUUAUACAAGAGAGUUGAAGAUAAAUGAAAACUAUGAAGAUUUCAUUGAUGAAUUAACUCUGUUGACUGUGAUUCCUUCUGCUUUGAUCGGUCCAGUCUGCAGACUGGAGCAGCUCAGCAUGCCUGGCUGUUACCUGAAAAAUAAGUGCUGUCAAGUGUUUGCUUCAGUUCUCAGCUCCAACUCGCAGUUGAGACAGCUUGACCUCAGUUGCAAUGACUUGCAGGAUUUAGGUGUGCAACUGCUCUCUGUUGGACUUGGGAGUUCAAAAUGUAGGCUGGAAACACUGAGGCUGUCAUGUUGUGGGAUCACAGAGGAAGGUUGUGUCUUUCUGGCCUCAGCUCUGAAGUCCAACCCCUCCCACCUGAGAGAGCUGGACCUGAGCUACAACCAUCCUGGAGUUUCAGGAGUGAAACUGCUGUUGGAGCUGCUGAACGACCCAGAAUGUAGACUGGAAACGCUCAAUGUGGACCACAAUGAAGAGCACUGGGUCGACCCACAGCUUCUGAACAAGUAUGCCUGUGAUCUCACAUUCGACCCCAACACUGUGAAUGAAAACCUCCUCCUGUCUGAAUGUGACAGGAAAGUGAGCUACACUGAGGAAAAGCAGUCGUAUCCUGAUCAUCCCGAGAGAUUUGACCAAGUGAAGCAGGUGCUGUGUCGAGAGGCUCUGACUGGGCGCUGCUACUGGGAGGUGGACUGGGAAGCAUUUGUGUAUAUUGGUGUUGCAUAUAAAAGCCUACCGAGGAAGGGAUACUGGGACACAGAAACUUACGUCAGCAAGAAGAGCUGGUGUUUCAGUAUCAACUGUUCAAACGGUUACUCCUUCCGACACGGGUUGAGGGAAACUUUUAUACCAGUCCCACACAUCGACGUCCAAGCAUUCCUGACUAGACGCAAGAGACUGGGACUGUUUCUGGACUGGCCAGCUGGCAUUCUGUCCUUUUAUUGGCUUUCUGGUGACACAAAAACUCUCGUUCAUACCUUCCACACCACAUUCAGCGAGCCUCUCUACCCAGCAUUCAGUGUUUAUCAUGGAAAUUUGACCCUGUCCAGGGUGGUGAAGCUGGAAAUGAAAACUGCUUGUUCAAGCUUCACACCUGAGAUGAAAAAAGAAAGAACAGGCAUUUCAUACAGGUUCCUGUUUCCCGGUCCAGGGUUGUUCCAGUGUUCUUUGACUGGUCUGGUGUUUGAUGUGACUGGUGAGAGUGAGGUCACCUACAAGACUCUGAUCUGGGAUCCUCUGGUUCUCCAACCAGCGCACAAAGUGGCCGGAGGCCCGCUGUUCGGCAUCGAGUGUCCUCAGGACUCUAUACGUCAGCUGCACCUCCCACACUGUGAACCUGAGCCGGCACUGGUCUCUGACAGCAUCUCUGUGGUCCACAUCACGGAUGAUGGCAUGAGCAUCAUACAGCCUCUGGAGAUCACUGAAACUCACGUGGUCGUGGACGUCCCUCACCUCUCUGCCUUUGGCCUCGUCUGGGAUCUCGCUAAGCGGUUUUUCAAUUACAUGACGAAACCCGUUCGUGGCCAAGUCCUGCUCUUCCUGAGAAACAGGCCACGCCCCAUCCUCAGUGUGAUGCUGCUCCCAGGAAACGUCCCUCUGCACGACGUGAAAGUGCAGCACGCUGCUUCAGAGUACAUCGAAGCGCCGUCCUUCUGUUAUUUCCACAAAGGUCAAAAGUACAGUCUGAGCAGCGCCCCGCACGACUUUAAAAUACAGCCUGCACGUGCAGAGUUUUUUGAAAAUUACGGACCAAAUUACCACCCGACCUUUGAGAUCAUCCUGACAACGAACGCAGAGGAAGUGAUGCUGAUGGUGCAAGAUCCCGAGGAGACACGAGUGUGGGAGCAUGACCUUCAUCUGCCCGGUGACGCUCAGGCCUGCAGUACGUCCAGGGCAGACCUGAAGAGGGGCAUCAAGAAGGCCGAGCACAGCUACAAGCUGGAGGUGGAGGAACACUUUGUCAACUGGGACCCACGAUGCCUGUGGCUGGGAAUUCAGACCAUGAAUGUUUCCUCCUUCAAUGAGCUAAACGACUUCUACGCUCAUUUUGACAAGGACAACAAGGAAAACUCUGCCAAAACCCUGCCCUCUGAUGACUGCCAUAACCUUACUCUUACCACCAUAGAUGUCCAUAACGCACUGAGCAGUAUCAACGCUCACCAGGCUGCUGGCCCUGACAGCAUUCCUGGACAUGUGCUUCCAGCAUGUGCUGAGCAGCUUGCAGGGUCUUUACAGACAUCUUUAACAUGCCGCUUGCCCAGGCACAAAACCAAAGAGCUCAUUGUGGACUUCAGGAAGGAGAGGACAGACACCCAUGCCCCCAUCUACAUAAAUGGCACAGCUGUUGAAUGGGUCUCCAGCUUCAAGUUUUUGGGGACCUACAUCUCUGAGAAUCUGUCCUGGUCAACUGACACCUCCAGCCUAGAAAAAGAGGCCCAUCAGCAUCAUUUCUUGAGGACACUGAAGAAGAACCACCUGUCUGCUGACAUACUGGGUAACUUCUACCGCUGUGCGAUGGAGAGCAUCCUGACCAACUGUGUCACAGUCUGCUCCUCCCCUCCAGAAGGCGCUACAGGAGCCUUCAGACUAAAACCAGCAGCUUCAUCCUCGGCUGAUUCUCCAGGUGGAGGUCCUCUUCAGAUGGGGAACAGCGCCUCAGCAGAGAAGCUGCGACUCGCUCGCACAAACUUCGUCGAUAAAGUGUCGGAUCCGGUUCUGAACAAGCUGCUGGACGAGCUGCAGCACGUCACCGUGCUCACUGAUGCUGAGGGCGAAGCGACCAGAGCCAAACCGAGAGGCGAGAAAGCUCGAGACCUGAUCGACAUGGUGCGAAAGAAAGGAGCUGGAGCAAGUUCAAAAAUGAUCGCCGUCUUUUAUGCCAACGAUCCGUAUCUGUGCAAAGAGCUCGGCUUAAUGUGA